AUCACCAAUGGCCGUUUCCCAAGGGUGUGGAUCGGCCAAGCGUAAGACAGGUUGCUUCUGGUUCAGGCACGCCGCUCAACUCCGAGCUAGCACACGGCCUUUAUAAGUUUUCAAUACCGUGCCGAGUAGAGCUCGUGACACUGCUCCUCUGCUUGCGCUGGAAACUCUCGGUGCGGCCGCUCAUCAGCCCAUCGUCCUAGAGGAGGCAAAAACAGGAUCUGAAAUUCCGAAUGAUGGCGCUGGCAACUACUCCAACAAUGUACUCCGUUCCCGCACCGGGCGCCAUGCGGGGCCAGACCUUAUCCCCGCGCGUCGCUUCCCCGGCGCGACCGCGCGCGCGGGCCGUCUCGGGCCGGUUCAGGGCGUCCGCCGCGGCCGUGCACAAGGUGAAGCUGGUGGGGCCGGACGGGUCGGAGAGCGAGGUGGAGGUGGCCGAGGACACGUACAUCCUGGACGCCGCCGAGGGAGCUGGGCUGGAGCUGCCCUUCUCGUGCCGCGCCGGGUCGUGCUCGACGUGCGCGGGCAAGCUGGCGUCCGGGGAGGUGGACCAGUCGGAGGGCUCGUUCCUGGACGACGCGCAGAUGGCCGAGGGCUACGUGCUCACCUGCGUCGCCUACCCCAAGGCCGACUGCGUCAUCUACACACACAAGGAGGAGGAAGUGCACUAGACUGUUGAAGAUUGGUGGUGGUGUUUCGAGUCCUGUGGUAGUGCGUACGUGUGCGUCCUACCAAGUGGUUGGGUGUUCCAGCAACGCACGUUCGCAUGGAUUAUGAGGUUCCUCAGUUGUGUCUAUGAUCAAUGUGUUUCUUGAACGAUCUGGUUUUAUUCCCUCUCUAGUCUGUACGCUAUCUGUCACUCAUACGUGAUCAUUGCAAGAUGGAUGCAGCAAAAGAAAAAUUGAAUUGCUUGUGUGUGUUGUUUUACUCGUAAUAAAGUCGUAAUGAAAGGUUUGCUUCCCCAAA